CUCUUUGAAGUGAGAUUCCUGCUUUAAUUAUAAUUUAUAAUCCUUUUCUCUUUUCAUGGCUUAUUUGAAAGCAAUUUUAUAAAAGGAUAUCGCCAGAGUUAGAUUGGUAUAAUUGACGUACAGAGCUUGAACUUUGUUGCAAAUCCAACUCAAUCACCAGUAACCGGGAACAGAUUAUCCGUUUGAACCAUUAUCUCAUUGUAAGUUUAAUUCAAUUAUUCAAAUUCCACUUUCCAAGCGAUUUACUACCCAAUAAUAGUUGGUAAGUCAAUUGUCCAGUUCUUCUUUCAAAUAAGUUAGUUUCUUUAGUGAUUUGAUCUUAGAGUCUCUUGUUAAAUGGCCGGACCUCGUGAAACCCCCCCAGGUGGGAGCUCCGCAUCAAAUAGGUCCACUAGUGGGAAAAAACAAAACCAGCAACAGCAGCAACAGCAGCAGCAGCAGCAGCAACAACAACAAUCUCCCAGAGUAGCUCUGAAUGAUGACAAUCAAACCGAGUCUAAUAAUCCAAAACUCAACCCGGUUAAUAGCGGCUCUAACAGUGUUCCUUCCACUCCUGGUGGAUCCAAUUUGAAAAAUUCUAGAUCGAAUAGUGUAUCAAAUAUUACUUCUCCAGGUGGACGUACGAGAGGACCUAACAAAUUGAAGAAACUAAAGUCCAGACCUCAUUUAAAGCCCAGUGCUAGUGGUCAUACAAAGUUAAUCUUUUCUGUUGAUGAUGAUAUCGGUGAUGAUAUCGAGGACGUGGGUAACCAAACCGAGGAAGGUAAACCUAAAAUCGAUCGGGAAUACUUGGAAGGCUAUAGUGAUGCAUUGAAGGCUUUCUUCCAAAAAAAAUCCAAAGGACAUACUCCAAAUGGCCAAUAUAACCCAAAUUCCAAUACUGCACCUUCCUCUAAUGUUAAUGAUGCUUCUCCAAGUAACCAAAAUGGAUACUUUCCCGAUGCUUCUAAAUAUGAAGAUUUCCCUCCUGUCAAAUCUCAACAAAAUCAGAACUCAUCAUAUCCUCAGCAUCACAUAAGAAAACAAAAGAGCGGUUCUGUCAAUGAUUCUAAUAAUAAAGAAUUGGAAUCGGCUAUCCUCUCUAAUCUCAUUACUGCUGAAGAGAAUAUACGUAGACUAGAUCCUAAGAAAACUGAACUGGAAAUACCAAUUGUCGAAGAACCUAAUGACGAAGAUGACGAAAAUAUAGAAGAAGAAGCACCUGAUGAUGAAGAUGACAAUAUUGAUACUCACUCCGUAUCUUCAUCUUCUUCAAGUGAUACUAUAGAAUCUUUGAAUUUACGAGAACGUCAAGACGCAAUUAACUCUACUCACCCCUUUGGUAUAAAAAUUUGGAAACCUUCAUUAUAUAAAAAGAAUAGAUCAGUUGCUACUAGAGCUCAAGAAGAUAUUCAUGAUUUUGAUCCUCAGAAAACAACCCAAAAUAUUUUCUGGGGUGUUUGGUUAACUAAUAUAAUUUGGUCUUGUACCAUUGGUCUUCUGCUUUUUGUUAUUUGCUCAAUUGGUGCUUUAUUAGUAUUCUUAUUCUCUGCUUUCGCUUACUCUCAUCAUCUGAGAGCUUAUGUUAAGUUACUACUCAAGCUUGGUAGAUAUUGGUUUUUUCCCUUUGGUAAAUUCGUGUUAUUGAAUAAAGAUAAAAACUACUUAGACGAAGAUGAACUUGAUGGUAGAUCAAUUUCAGAAUUCGAAAGGUGGAGAUUACAAGAAGAAGGUAGAUUAUUUUUUGCUCCUCCUAGAAGGUACACCAGUGGUGCAACAGAUGAAUCUCGUCCAUUGUUGAAAGAUCAUAAAGGUAGACCUCUUAGAGAUGCUUAUUCAUCCUUAGGAGGAACUUCAAAUCAAAGAUCGAAUAAUGCAUUUGAAAAUUCUAGAUCCAAUAAUGAAGAUACAAUUGAUGAAGUUGAAGAUGAAGAGGUUUUCGAAGACGACGAAGAUUAUGGUGCUAAUAAUAAUGAUAUCAAGGUCAGAUUUUUCGGAAGAGGACGCUGGUCUUCAGGUCGUCUUGUUUUUUACCUAUUUUUUUACGGAGUCUUACAACCAAUUUUAUUUCUUAUAGGUGUAUUCUGUUGGUUAUUCGUGUUUACCAUUCCAAUGGCAAAUAUUACAAACACUAUUUGCGAUCACUUAAGACGUCAUCCUUUAGCACUUCAUUUUGAACUUGAAAAAAGAUACUACGAUAAAAUAAACGAUGAAAAUUUGCUGAAGAAAUAUAAAAAUCAAUCAAUCAUUUUAUGUACUUACAGGUGUUGUGGUUUCCAUUACUAUAAAUAUACUAUUGACGGUACAAACAUUUUUUUCAUCAAUUUAUUAGCUGCUGUGGUCUUUGUGAUUUUUGAUUACUACGUCCUUAAGGAAAGAUUAGGAUGGGAUAGCUGGUACACUGACUCCAGUUUUCUUUUCUGUGCUUGUUUGUUCUCGAUUAUUCCGUUGGCCUACUUCAUUGGGCAGGCGGUGGCUUCGAUUUCUGCCCAAUCAUCGAUGGGUGUCGGUGCCGUAAUAAAUGCUUUCUUCUCCACAAUUGUCGAGAUCUUUUUAUACUGUGUUGCACUUAACCAAGCUAAGGGUAAGUUGGUAGAAGGUUCUAUGAUUGGGUCCAUAUUAGGUGGUGUUCUUUUAUUACCAGGUUUAUCCAUGUGUGGUGGUGCAUUGAAAAGGAAGACCCAGAGAUAUAAUCCUCGUUCUGCUGGUGUCUCUUCCACAAUGUUGUUGUUUGCAAUGGUCAUUAUGUUUGCACCUUCAUUUUUCUAUCAAUUAUAUGGACCCUAUGAAAUUAAAUGUAAAAAGUGUGUUUUUGAUGUUGCAUAUCCAGGUAAUGGAUCAAGUGGUGACGAUUGUGUUAAAUGCCGUUUUAUCCAACCUUCCUUUACUUUAGACAGAUUAUAUUAUUCCAUGGUAAAACCAUUUUCUGUUAUUGUUGCUUGUGCUUUGUUUUUAGCAUACGUAUGUGGUUUAUUCUUCACAUUGAGGACUCAUGCAUCUUUAAUUUGGGCCACUAAUUCUCAUGAACAAGCAGCCAUGGAAAAGAAGCAAGAGAACUAUAUGAGAUCCCCAAGUGUUAUAAGCUUGGAUGGUCCAUCAUCGCUGCAUAAGUUAGGCAAAAUGCCCUCUAAAUUAUCAAACUUGCCGCCAUCAGCUUCUUACUCUUCGGGCGUAGAAGGUCCUUCUCAACAGAGGGUUGCUUCUAAUCAAAGUUCUAAAAAUGUAACAGCUUUAAAUUCGCCAACAGCUGAAGUGGUCAAACUUCGUAAUCCAAAACGUGAACAGUCCAGGGUUGUCACUCCUAAUGAACCUCAAGCACCUGGUGAAUCGAACAGAAAAGCCAGUAUUGUUCAAGCUAAAGGCGACGAGGAUGAAGAAACAGGUACGGGCCACGAUGCUCCUAACUGGUCAAGAUCCAAAUCUACUUUCAUUUUACUUGGAGCCACUUUAUUGUAUGCUAUCAUUGCCGAAAUUUUAGUUGAUAAUGUUGAUUCUGUUCUUGCUGAUUUUGCGAUCAAUCCAAAAUUUUUAGGUUUGACAGUUUUUGCCUUAGUUCCAAAUACCACUGAAUUUUUAAAUGCUAUUUCAUUCGCUGUUGGUGGUAAUGUAGCAUUAUCAAUGGAAAUUGGUAGUGCUUAUGCAUUACAAGUUGUUUUAAUACAAAUUCCUAGUUUAGUUGUUUAUUCUAUUUUCAAAGGAUUUGAUGAUGUUGAGAAAAUAUUCUCUUUAGUUUUCCCAAGAUGGGAUAUCAUUGCUACGUUAAUUGCAAUUUAUUUAUUUACUUAUGUUUAUGCUGAAGGUAAAUCCAAUUACUUCAAAGGUGUUAUUUUAAUUUUAAGUUAUUGCGUUGUUUUGAUUGGAUUUUGGCUCAAUGAUCAAAUUGAAGGAUUAGACGAUGGAUAUAUUGGCGGACCUUCUAGUAUGGUAUCACAAGCAUACUCAUCUGCAUUCGGCCAUUAA